UCUCCUCCCUCCCCCUCCCCCAGUCUGUGUAUUGGUUACGAGCUUGUGCAGUCUCUUCUGGAUGUGACCGCAUCAGGCUGCAGCAACCCAUCUGAAACCCCUGUAUGCGAGUAGACAUACCCGGGCGGGUGAGAAACGGGCCCCGGAGUCACGAGAGAGAGAAGACUGAGAGGAGAAGAUUCUCCAUGUAGUAAGAGAUGUCUGUCUGUCGCUGCUGAGCUGUCACUGGGCGCUGUCCCCAGGACGGUCACCCUGCCUAUCGUGCAGUCUCUUCCUUUGUAUCAGAGGCUGUCUCACUCUGUGGCUGGAGCUCUCCUCUUCUCCCUGUCCCCAGGGUGUGUCUGUGCAUGAUCCGCUUCCAGUCCAUCUCCUCUCUGGCUGAAGAUGGCGGAUCGAGCUGAGAUGUUUUCCCUCUCCACCUUCCACUCCCUCUCCCCCCCGGGCUGCAGGCCAUCGCAAGACAUCAGUUUGGAAGAAUUUGAUGAUGAAGAUUUGUCAGAAAUUACAGAUGACUGUGGGAUUGGACUGAACUAUGACUCAGACCACUGUGAUAAGGAUGGUCUCGGAUUUGGAAGAUGUGAUCCUUCCCGAGCUCUUUGCACUUUCCAGGAGGAUUUUCAGGAAUUUGAAAUGAUUGAUGAGGAGGAAGAUGAGGAAGAGGAAGACGACGAGGAUGAACUCCCACCUCAAGAGAACAGGAAACAGUUGGAGGCUCCUCCUUCACCAAGUCCUUCCCCUCUCCCACCUGAAGAUACCAUGAAAAAUAGACCAUGCACCCUGAGACUGAGCGCCCCCCGAACACAAGACACACUUAACAACAACGGUGGAUUAAUUUCUCAGAGUGACAGUUGGGCAGAUCCAGAGAGAAAUGAGACCGGUGAGAGAGUUAGACUGAAUCUUUGCAUGGAGAUGGUGUCCCAUACCCAGGUUACACAGUAUGACAUGGAGACUCGCAAAGAAACUCAAAGUGAUAAUACAAGAACAGAGCUAGAGACUGCAGAAGUCAGUGAUGUGCCUAACAUUGUUCCUGACUGCAACCAGCAGUCUAGCCGUGGGGUUCCCUGGCCAUCAGAUGCAGAGCUUAGAGUAUCUACACCACCUCAACAGAACUUGGAGAAUUUGAGCCCAGAUCAGAGAGAAAGCACAAGGGGCCAUCUGUCCAAUUCUUCUAAUGAAACAACAUCUCCAUCUUCAGAUCCUGGUAUUGAGGCUGAUCUGACCAGUCGAAGUCGCUUCCUGCCAACUGGACAUUGCAGCCAGGAUCUAAGCUCUCCUGGCUCUGAUUCAGACAUAGAAGGUGAAAUAGAAGCAGCCUUUGCUUGUGACGGUGGAAGGCUUGUGGGUAAUAUGAUCUCAUCAAUAUCAGAGACAGAGCUGGACCUAACCAGCGAGUCAAGCAGUGGCAGGUCCUCUCACCUCACCAACUCUAUUGAAGAGGCAAGCUCUCCAACUUCUGAUCAAGAACCAGAUCACAUUAGUGAGGAAGGUCGACAAGGUAUCAAAGAUUCCAUUUUACUUGAUAAGGAGGAAGAAAGUGGCCCCUUAAUGAUGGCGCCAGAGGAGACAUAUAAUACAUGGAAUGUUGACGAAGUAAACAUGUACCAAGAGGAAGCAGACCAAAAUAAAGGACGCAGUCUGGAAAGUAUCCGACGCUCCUUCUACUUACCUGUUGGGCCAAAGAUCAUACCAGAGAUAGAUGCAAACAGUGAAUAUGACUCUGACUCAGAAUCAGAAGCUGAUUUAAGUGAGGACUCGGACUCCCCUUGGCUGCUUAGCAACCUGGUAAAUAAGAUGAUUUCUGAAGGCUCAUAUCCCAUUACAUGUCCAGAUGACUGCUUUCAAAGGCAAACAAGUCCAUCCUGUGAUACCCUCUCUCCUGCCUCUGAGCUGGAUCCUGAGACAAUUGAUCCAGAGAUAGAGGCUGAACUUUCCAGUCCCAAGGAUCCAAAUGAUGAGUUGGAUGAACCACAGCAGAAUAUAGAGCUGGUGGAUAUGGAAACACUACAGCACUCUCUCAGUCAUCAUGCUAGAGAGGAAACUGGUCCUUGUUUGUAUCUUCUGCAUGAUUCGUGUGACACAGUAACUCCAAUCUUUGAAGGACUUCCCCUUCACCUGGAGGGAUUAUCUCACACAACUAAAUGUCGUCCCCAAUCCCCAGGGUAUAAAAUUGAACAGAAACCAUGGCCUGGAACAGAGGAAAUUCUUCAGGAACCAAGAGAUGGCUGGGAUAUUGACCGUGACCUAGACUCUGGCAUUCUCGAGGAUAAUGACCUUUGUGAUGAUCUUUGUCAAGAGCUAGACCAAAGUCAACCCACAAUUGACAUUUCAACAGCCAAAACUAAUCAUGGAUUUAACUUAGAAUAUACUGGUGAGGAAGAUGAAGACCUUUCUUAUUACAGAAGCUUAAAGAGCUCUCCGUACCAGAGUUGUGUUGGGGAAGAGUCUUUUAUGGAGCGCCAUGCAGCUGAACCACGUCUUUUGGAUGAUUCAUUGGCCUAUGACUCAAUUAAAUACACUCUUGUGGUGGAUGAGCACACUCAACUGGAGCUGGUUAGUCUUCAGAGGUGUACAUCAAUACUGAGUGAUGGCAGUGACCUUUUGAGGGCUUGUGAUCCUUGUGACUUGGAAGAUGAUUUUGGAGAUGACAUUGAAGUCCAUGAGCAUGAAUCUUCACCAGAUGACUCAUCAGCCGAGCCCAACAUGCCUUUCUCUAAGAAGUUUCUCAAUGUUUUUGUAAACAGCACUUCACGUUCAUCAAGCACGGAGUCAUUUGGGCUGUUUUCUUGUGUACUAAAUGGGGAAGAACGAGAGCAAACACACAGAGCUGUUUUCAGGUUUAUUCCUCGUCAUGAAGAUGAGCUUGAACUGGAUGUUGAUGACCCAUUAUUGGUAGAAUGUGAGGAUGGUUCAUGGUGCCGCGGUUAUAAUAUGAGAACAGGCGAGCGAGGGAUCUUCCCUUCAUUUUAUGCACAUGAGGUGGUGUGUCCGGUCAAGGAGAAUGCCGUCCUUAAGGGAAGCAACCCUUGGGUCCAGAUGUUUGAUGUGCAGUUUCUUGGUUCUGUAGAAGUUCCACAUCAUCAGGGUAAUGGUAUCCUGUGUGCAGCCAUGCAGAAGAUUGCAACUGCUAGGAAGCUGACGGUGCACCUGCGACCACCAGCUAGCUGUGAACUGGAGAUUUCUCUGCGUGGUAUCAAACUCAUUCUAAGGGGAAAUGACCGGCCAGAGGAUGAGCGCUGCAGCCAUAUUUUCCAAAUGAAGAAUAUUUCCUUCUGCGGCUGUCAUCCACGCAACAGCUGUUAUUUUGGCUUCAUCACAAAACACCCUGUCCUGAAUCGAUUUGCGUGCCAUGUCUUUGUCUCCCAGGACUCAAUGCGACGCGUGGCUGAGUGUGUGGGACGCGCUUUCCAGGAAUUCUAUCAGGAACAUGUGGAGUUCAGUUGCCCCACGGAAGACAUUUACUUGGAGUAACCAGGGGGCUGUAGAUAUUAUUGGGGGAGCUAGGGGUAUUAAUAUAUAUAUACAAAUCUCAAUGUCAUUGUCACUCAGCCAGGACACCAGAGGCAGUGAGCCUGCAUGAAUCCUGAUAAUCCCUAAUCACAAAAUCUUUAGUAAGGAUCAUAAAAUUUCUAUGGUGCAUCUCGCAUUAACCCCUUUCCUACAUGUAGACUGCAGAGACUCUACUGUAAGUCUUCUCUCUUUCUUCUCACAGCUAGACUUCAGAGCACCCUUAAUUAUAUCCCUGCUUCCGUUCACAGAGCAUCUCAAAAUAACUCCUUCCUUGCUUCUGACAAGAGAGCAUGUAGGUUUAAACUUUUCCCUGCCCUAUGCUGCAGAAUAUCUCAUAUUAAAGUCUGUUAUGCUAUGGAUUGCAGAGCACCAUGUUGACCCCUUUCAUGCACCGCACAAGCAGAAUAAAAUGAGCCUGUUGCACAUAAUACUUUAUCCAAUGCCUACAGCACCUGCAGUCCAGCAGAGAGUCUGUCGUUAGUUUCAUCCCUAGUACAAACCAGCAGAGCAUGACUUUACCAUUCUCUGCAGAGUAUCUCUUCUUAAGCAGUUCUGCAGACAGUCGCUCUGGUUAUGGACAGGUGUGUCUUUUUUAACCAAAUAUGAUCAGACCGAUCUGCAGCUUAUGUAUCUAUUAAUAUUCCUUUAUUUCAGUGAUGUACAGGUUGUUGCUUCUGGCUCCAUUGCCUCUUGCAUUUCCACAAGCCCGCUGCUUUAGCAGUCCCCUUGCUUCCAGUGUUCUGUGGUUCAUCAUUCGGUUAUGGUUUCUCAUAAACGUAAACUGAAUCCCAUCCUGAGCGUCAUACACAGUGCUUAGGGGUGGCUUUGCAAUGUGACAGACUGAGACAGCUCUCUCCGGCAGCAAGAAAUGGGAGUGGGGGGCAGCAAAAUAUAGGGCAUUAAUUUAAGAAUGCUAAUUUUCUUGCUGACAUUUGUCUAAAUUAGUUGUUUCUACGUUGCUGGUAGAUAUCAUAAUGAAUAGUGGCAAUGUUUGCUAUUACAGUAUACACUGAUGUAUGAUAUUUUGUGUAAAUGGUGAGAGGAGCGAUAUUUUAGUUGCUGCCUCAGCCAGCACCCUGACCUGUGACUAGAGAUCUGCAGCUCAAUUCACAAUCGCCGCAUCCCUUGUUAGAUAUCAGCAGCUCAAUGCUUCAUCAUACUAGAACCUGCAGAUCAUUCCCUCCUGUUGUUCUAGCACGACCUUCCUUUGUCAGCCAGGAAGUGGGCUGGCCAAUGGCAUGAAGAUCCAGACCAUACAACAGAAGGAGAAUGAGAAUACUGUACAGUAGGUGUAUAGACACCUCAUCCAUGCUUUAUAUCAAGGGGAGGUAAUGUAUAACAUUCCUACUGCUGGGAAACUACACAUCCCACAUUGCCCUCACAACAAAACACUGGCAGGGCAUUCUGGGAUGUGUAGUUCCGUAGCAGCUGGAGUCUCACACGUUGCCGACCAGUGCUUUAUAUCAAGGCCCAUAUGACAGGAUUAUAUAGAAAGUCAUAAUAACAUUAUUGUGAAGAAGAGAAAUGCUGUUGUCUUUGUGGAGAUAUUGUAUAUUGUUACUCGGGGGCAUUCACAUGCAGAUAGUGAGGUUAUUCUGUGUAAGCAAAGGGGACAAAUGAAUGACAGAAAGUAAAAUUCUUGCAUAUAAGUAGGCAAAGACAAUCCGUAUGCCCAAGUACAGUACAGAUUUGUCAGAUUCCCCCAUAUGAGAACACACAUAUCCACAAGUGACCAAGUGACAUUUGCAGUUGUAACCUUUGCAGUGAUCGGAAGACUAAUAAUCUGCACUGAUCUUUGCUCCAAGAAUGGCUUUAUAUGUCAGCUCAGUAAACAUUAGGGAGCCGAUAUUAGAUAUUCAAUGAUACUGGAUAAUGGCAUAUAUCAUAUCUUUUUCAUGUCAUGGCUCAUUUUUUCCUUUCAGCAUUAAAUAAAAAAAAAAAUUGAGCUGUA